CCGCCGCCACCCCAGUUUCCACACUUCGACGUCGUCCCCACCCCUUCGUCAAUCUGUCUCACAAUAUAUAGAUAUAUUUUUUUUCCCCACAACUCUUGGAAGUUCAGUACAUGGACUGCGCGCAUGGUAAGGUCGUGUUCCGAUGGAAUCGCAGUUUUUCUAAAAUCUGCCGCCCACACAAACACACGUACACGCCAGUGAAACUUUUGUUCAGGGGUGGUUAAUGCAAGUGAUCGCUCUGAAACAUCCUACAAACGUGUCACAAUUUGACACGCUGAUUUGGAACAAAAGAAUAUUCCGGCAAUUAACCUACCACCUGUUCGGUUCAAGAAGACUAUACAUAAGUGAUUAUGUUCUGUGAGUGGAAAAAAAAAAUGUUUACUUCGACAAGUUCCAGAAGAUGUGUUAAAACUCGAAAAUAACUUGACAUUAAAAAUCUUUCUAGGAGAUUAAUAAUUAAAGUGUUUAAAUUCGCCAGAACCCCUUAGAAAAUACGAACUAUCUACUUAUUGUGAAUAUAAUUCUUUCUGUAACCACAGUGGAGUCUCCUUUCCUCAAUGCAUCUACCAUCCCCUUACGAUUUGGACGUUCAUCAUCACUCAAGUUCAACAACAUUCAAUAAAAUUAAGAACAUUGUCGUCUGUGCCAAGUCCGGGGAAGGACAGAAAUCUUCGCCGGCGAUGUCAGGCUCUGUUCCCGCGAGUUCGGGCGAGCCUUCUCCGGCAACAACAACUGUUCCUGGUACCGAAUGGCUUCACGAAGCCCUUCAAGAAUACCACGGCGAGCUGGUUCAGACGGGCAGUCCAGCCGUUCUGUGUUCGGCCCUACCUUCACACUGGCGGUCCAACAAGUCCCUACCAGUCGCCUUCAAAGUGGUUGCGCUGGACGACAUAAUGGACGGAACAUUAGUGACUGUUAAAGCUGGUAAUGAUGAAAAUUUCUGUGGUGAACUCAGAAACUGCACGGCGGUCAUGAAGAACCAGGUGGCCAAGUUUAAUGACCUCAGGUUCGUCGGCAGGAGUGGCAGAGGGAAGAGCUUCUCGCUGACUAUAGUCAUCAGUUCGACGCCCUUCCAGGUCGCUACGUACAACAAAGCCAUCAAGGUGACCGUGGACGGACCAAGGGAACCACGCACAAAGUCCAACUUCCAUUACUUGCCGGGCCAGCAUCCUGGUUUUGGACCCUUCGCUCUCUUUCCAGCAGCGCAGUGGUUGGACACGGCGGCAUAUAUGGGCUACCCGUGGCCAGAGUACUUCAGACGGCCCACGACUACGGAACUCUGCAAACUUCCUAGUACCUGUGGCUCCUCUAUUAUCAAAAGCUCGGGCGGAACUUCUGAUUUCUACAGUCUGCAUCAACAUCCGCACAACCCCGCGACGGGGGUCGGACUAGUGGCUGGGGGUGCUUUUCCCACAGUGCCCCCUCCGGCACCGCCGCCAGGAUUCCUCCCACCACUUCUGGGAUACCCACCCCCUCCUCCUCAUCCAGCCGCCACUACGGACCCUCUCAUACUAAAUGACAAACUUCUCCUGUCACAGUCCGGAACCAAACAUGAGUCAGCCUUCACCUUGGCCACUUCCUCGUCUCCGGACUUUUCCCCAGGCACCCUCAGUCUCACCGUGCCUCCACCACAGACAACUAAAGUGUCACCACCACCAAGAAGAUCGCCGAGUCCUGUCCCAAACGCGAGGGUAAGCAGUGAUGAUGCUAGUGACACUGGGGAAGACACGGUGGAUGUGGUGAGGUCGGCGUUCCAGCAAGUGCGUCCCCAUGGAGGAGGCGCAGAGCGGCGGAGGAGCAAAGCCACAAGACUGUCUGGAGGCCUUACUAGCCAGCCGACUGACAUAACCUCCUGCAGACUGCCACUAAUGGUAACCCUUUCGAUGCUGACCAUGAGAAGCAAAGAAGCCUUUCGUAAUUUGUAA